AUCUUCUGUGAAGAUACAAUUCCAGUAAACGUAGGAAGCUUGAACAUCGUUCGCGUAGAUCUCGGACAUACAGUGGGAGUACUACAGAUAAAGUGGGGAGUUCUUCUCAUACAUGUCAUCAACGUAAAAGCAAACGUAAACGUUUUUUUGAACAAACUUCAACUGCUAAUUUGCCAAGGGUUGAUGAAAAAUGUUGUAAAAAAACCCGUACAGAAGAUAAAGUGGGGAGUUCUUCACAUACAUGUCAUCAACGUAAAAGUAAACGUAAACGUUUUUUUGAACAAACUUCAACUGCUAAUAUGCCAAGGGAAAACUCUACCAGAAGGUCCUCUUAUGCUCGGGAAUGCACACUAUUGUUUGCAUUGUACUGCAAAGAAAUUCACGUAUGAAACUCCACACUUUUGUUGUUACAAUGGAGAGGUUGUGAUUGCAGCUAAUGAAUUUCCUGAUGAGUUAUGCCGCUUAUUUAUAUCACAAGAAGAAGAUGCUAAACAUUUCAAACAAUAUAGCCGAAUGUAUAACAACCUUUUUGCUUUUAGUUCUAUUUGCAGCAAAACUGAGUCAACAACACAAAGGGAUUUAUGUAUUCAAAAUGCAUGGGCAAAUAUAUCACUGUGUUCCAGAUCUAUUGCCUAAUGAUAAUAAUCCUAAAUACCUACAACUCUAUUUUUAUGAUGGCCAACACGAAGUUCAAAAUCGAGUUUAAUGUUUUCCAGAAGUACGGGAAGAUAUUAUUCGUAUACUAAUGAAGAUUACUGAGAGAAAUCCUUAUGUGAGAUUUUUCAGAUCGUUGAGGGAAAUAGAGAUAGAUGAAAACACGCGAAUAGUCUUA